UCACAUUUUUUGGUACCAGCCUUUCAAGUGGAUUUCCAAUGUGUAAAAAAUUGUUAGCCAUCUAUGGCGUUUGCCAUUAUGCGUUAGCAUAGUGCUAACAGUGCGACUGCUCUCCUGCCAUCUUCCCAACAGUUGUUUGAGGUGGAAGUGUUGUUCCUUCAGGAGCUUUUAAUCUCUGUGACUCACGCUGACCGCCAGCAGACUCCCCGGACGCCUCCCACGUGCAAAUGGCCAUACCGGAGACGUGUGUUUUGCUGCGUACAAUGAGUCACGUCUGCUGACCUUGGAUUUCCUGGAUGGGUAAACAGCUUCUCUGCCAUAUUUUGCGAGUUGCUGGGUGCUCAGCUGGGAAAACAGGCAAGACUCGCGACUAAGUUGCCGAUGUUUCAGCAGAAUAUUAAAGAAAUGCAACAAAUAUGAUGACAAAAUGGAGGAGGAAGGCACGAACAGUGUUAAAUAAAACAUGCCGCAGGCGAGGUGCAAAUGUCAACCUCUACUAUAACUGAAUUUUUAAUUGCUUCCACUUAAAAGAGGAGCCGCACUCAAAUGUCUCUGAUUUGUUUUAAUCGUCUACACACGAGCCAAUAGAAAUGUAAACAUAGUCAUCUUUUUUUUUUUAAUUUCACAAAAUUUUCUGUUAAGCAGGUCAAACGACAUUUUAAAUAGAAGAGCUAGAAGAAAUUGGAACCAUCGUGCCAUUUUGGAAAUAUGAUCAACUUAAUCUAAUUAGAUUGAUGAAGGCAUUCCUUUUGCGUGAACAGGCCGUGCUUUGUGAUCCAGAAGAAAGCAUGCAAGUGUAGAUCACAUUGGACACACACACAGAGCUGAUGUAUGCCGGUUCCGCGAAGGGUCAGCAAUGCCCUGUGGCCCGGUGACCACAUCAGACAGCAUUGCAUUAUGGGUAGUGGCACUCAGGUCGCACAGCUGUCUCUUCGCCAAGGGCACAUCAGGGCUCGCCAGUCUCCACACGCGACGUUGAGCGCGUCACCGCCGUAGUGGGAGCGAGCGCACGGCUAACGUGCUCCAUGCUAAUUUGUGUUUUGAAUUAUUGCUGAAGUCAUUAAUAGGUUUGUAAGUCUUUAUUUGCUGUUGGUACGUUUAUUGUGUGAAAGCAUUUAUCCACUUUAUACUCAUUAUUAUAAUUUAUUACUUGGUCUGCUUUUUUUUCCCUAUUACAAUUUCUCAUUUUGGUUUCUCGCUAAUAACGAAUGUCUAUUGACUGUCUGUCUGUGGCUUGAAUGGGCGAUCAUAUCUCAUCCAUGUGAUGAUUAUUUGAUGAGAAAAGCCACUGAGGACUCUGACGGCUGCUGCCUUUGCCAAUGAACGUCCUUUAGUCACUUGAUGCCAUUAAAUAAACAUCGGUCAGGCGUAAGCCGCUCAAAGCAAAAAAUGUUGCCACUCCCCAUCCGUGACCUUUAGCAUUCACCGGGCAGGUUGUUUGUUGCCACGGCUACACGUGUGAUCAUAUUGAUCGUUCAAGAGACUUCAAUCAUAUGGCCGUGAUGUGGUAUUCUUUGGAUUAAGGCCUCUUCUUUCCUUCUCGGGUGAUGAGUCAUUUAAAUUUAAAUUAAAUUAAGCGGUUUGGAUCAUGGAUGGGUGGAUUUUAUUUCAUGACCCCGGCUGAUUUGCUAAGUUUAAAAAUCGGAUGUGGCUCGAGGCCUCGCUCCAGAUCCGCUCCGCAAUCGGUCGCUUUUUUUCCUUCGCCCCCGCCCCUCCCUCGCGUAAAGUUUCUCGUCGCGCGUCCAAGUCAUCCUUGCCGUCGAUCCGCUCGCCGGCAAACAAUCGGCGGCCAAAAUAAAGCCCGCCGGCGCGCGUACAUGCGUUUACGAGCGCGCAAAUCACCUCAUCUGCAACAGCGAAUGAAAAAAAAAAAAAAAAACACGCACAUCCACGCGCAGCUUCGUGAAUGAUUUAAAGCUUUUUGCAUCAUCGUCCCCUCCCAAUGCACUCCUCCUCCUCCCCUCCUCCUCCCCCUCCUCUCUCCUCUUCCUCCAGCCCAGAGAUGCUGCUGCUGAUGCGGGCAUCGUCUCAUCCAGCCAUGCCGCAGUGAUGCUGCAGCGGGCGUGUUUUUGUCCUCACCACCAUCAGCAGCAUCCGUAUACGAUCUCCUCACCUUGACCGGACAGAAGGCGCAGUGAGGCGGCAUUGGAGUGCGGCAAAACAAGGGUGGAACCUUUUUUUGCACGUGGUCCAGCGUGGGCCAAACAAAGCAAGACAAAAGUGGCGCGGGCGGGCAACAGGCAGGUGUUCCAUCUGCUUCCUGCUUUGCUAACAGUGAAGAUAAAGGUUGGCCUUGCCAUAAGCCAAAAGAGCGGCGGGAGGAUUAUGUCCCAAAGAUAAACAAAAGUGCCAUUUACAAGCAAGGCAAACAAAUUGGUGCACUCAAACGGGAACAGCAAUCACGGGCGGAGUGGUUGAUAUUACAGCCGAGUGGCGACGAGCACGUGCUGCUCCUCACUCGAGUGUUUGCUCACCAAACUGUGUGAGGUCAAGUGAAAAGAGGAGACCGCACGUGCAAUUUGGAACGAAUAGCCCUCUUCUCUUUUUUUUUCCAACCGCAAGCAUCAGGUCAUCUCUCACCAUGCGGAGACCAAGACUCCAGUGAACCAAGACGAGACCGAGAGUGACAUCCCCCAACAUCCACCCGUCAAAGACAACUUUCUUCCUGGACUAGAAAUUUUGGGCAUGAGCGGCUUGACAGUCAAGCUGGACCCCCGCCGGGUCCAAUGGGGCGCCAUGUGGCACACCUUUACGUCACGCGUCUUGAGGACCAAGCCCGUGGAGUCCAUGCUGGACUCAGCAACGUCAGGCACGGGCCCACACGGCACCCGGCUGGCCCGCGUGCUGUCCACCGUGGACCUGGUGUCGCUCGGCGUGGGCAGCUGCGUGGGCACGGGGAUGUACGUGGUGUCGGGCCUGGUGGCCAAAGAGAUGGCGGGCCCCGGCGUCAUCGUGUCCUUCAUCAUCGCCGCUGUGGCCUCCAUCUUGUCCGGAGUGUGCUACGCCGAGUUCGGCGUCCGUGUGCCAAAGACCACCGGCUCGGCCUACACGUACAGCUACGUGACGGUGGGCGAGUGCGUGGCCUUCUUCAUCGGCUGGAACCUGAUCCUGGAGUACCUGAUCGGCACGGCGGCGGGCGCCUCGGCGCUCAGCAGCAUGGCCGACUCGCUGGCCAAUCACAGCAUCAGCGGCUUCAUGAUCAAGCACAUCGGAACCCUCAACGGCUUUGGUAAAGGAGAGCAGUCGUAUCCGGACCUGCUGGCGCUGGUGAUCGCGCUGCUGGUGACUGUCAUCGUGGCGCUGGGUGUGAAGAACUCUGUGGGCUUCAACAACGUGCUGAACGUCAUCAACCUGCUGGUGUGGCUCUUCUUGAUGGUGGCCGGGCUCUUCUUUGUCAACGGGGAGAACUGGGACCACGGCAGGUUCUUGCCUUUCGGCUGGUCGGGGGUGAUGCAAGGCGCCGCCACGUGCUUCUACGCCUUCAUCGGCUUUGACAUCAUCGCCACGACGGGAGAGGAAGCCAAAAGUCCCAACACGUCCAUUCCGUACGCCAUCACCGCCUCGCUGGUCACGUGUCUGACGGCGUACGUGUCGGUGUCCGUCAUCCUGACCCUGAUGGUCCCCUACGACCAGAUCGACGCCGACGCCCCCUUGAUGGAGAUGUUCGCCAUGCACGGCUGCAUGUUCGCCAAGUACAUCGUGGCGGUGGGCUCCAUUGCCGGGCUCACGGUUUCGCUGCUGGGCUCGCUCUUCCCCAUGCCCAGGGUCAUCUACGCCAUGGCGGGCGACGGCCUGCUCUUCAAGUUCUUGGCCCGCGUGUCUUCCUACACAGAGACCCCCGCCGUGGCUUGCGUGGUGUCGGGCUUCCUGGCUGCGUUUUUGUCCCUGCUGGUCAGCCUCCGAGAUCUCAUCGAGAUGAUGUCCAUCGGCACGCUGCUGGCUUACACGCUGGUGAGCCUGUGCGUGCUCCUUCUGCGAUACCAGCCCGAGGGCGACAUCCACGGCUUCGUCAACUUCCUGUCUGAGGAACAAAACGUCAAGAGGAAGGAAGGCGUCCUGGCCGAGUGCGAGAAGGACGCCUGCUCGCCGGGCCGCGACGACCCGGAUGAGCCCACCAACACGUGCGGUGCCAAGAACCUGCCGUCCCUAGGCGACAACGAGAUGCUGAUCGGCAAACCCGACAAGAACGCCUACGCCGCCGGCCACCCCAACUACGGCACCGUGGACAUGGGCAGCGGCAUCGAGGCCGAGGAGUCGGAAGGCGGAGCCACGCGCCGGCUCAAGAAACUCCUGGGGCCCCGCUACUACACCCUGAGGAUUCGACUGGGUCUUCCGGGGAAGAUGGACCGGCCCACCGUCGCCACGGGGAAGACCGUCACCGUGUGUGUGCUGCUGCUCUUUGUCUUCAUGUUCGCUUUCUGCGCCUUUAUCAUAUUCGGCGCGAGCAGCAUCGAGGAAGGUCGCUGGUGGGCUGUGCUCCUCCUGAUCUUGUUGGUGGUGCUGCUGGCCCUGCUGGUGGUCAUCAUCGUGCAACAGCCGGAGAACCCCAAGCGGCUGCCCUACAUGGCGCCCUGCGUGCCCUUCGUGCCCGCCUCCGCCAUGCUGGUCAACAUCUACCUCAUGCUCAAACUGUCGGCCAUCACCUGGAUACGAUUCUCCAUAUGGUGCCUUGUAGGCGUGCUCAUCUACUUCGGCUACGGCAUGUGGAACAGCACCUUGGAGAUCACGGCUCGGGAGAACGAGGCGCACGCUUCCACCUACCAGCGUUACGACCAAGGCGUGGACGAAGGCUUCUGCGGCUUCGACGACGACUUCUACCCGCCCACCGAGCUCACGUCGGGCCCGGCGGGCAGAGCGCCGCAGGCCCAGCCCGAGAGCGAUGGGACGCCCGUUCGGAAGCCCGUCGCCGCCUCGGUGGAUGAGGACCCCGUGGAUUUCUGAAGGGAUGGAUCUUUUUUUUUUUUACUGCCUGGAGUGGCGGGAGUUUGGUGCAAGCGGGCAUGGCAGCAUGUGGAUGUGGGCGCGUUGCUGUUUGUGUGUGCACUCUGUGAGCCAGAUUGUCCCCCACUCCUCGUUUUGCAACGUCCUUGGCCGGUUUGUACCACCAAAAAAAAAAAAGCCACUUAAACACUGAUAGCUAAGUGCAGACAUGGCGGCAGAUAAGCGCGGAAGCAACGCUGCUCACUUUGCUUGUUAGCAAAGAGGACAACAA